CAGGCAUUCCAAAUGCACUCAUGAAUUUGAUGAAAUUAUCUUCCUUGAAAAUCCAGCAAAAUCCAAUCUCAUACUUUGACGAAAAAGUCAUAAAUUCCCUUGCGAGUUCAUUGUAUACCUUUCAUUUCGGUUCUGAAGCAGUGACCAUUUGGCCAAAGACAGUACAGCUUCUAAAUUUGUUUGAGUUGGGUAUUUUCAACUUAACUUUAGAGGAAUUGCCAGAAACAGCGUUUGCAAAUCUAUCGCUAAGUUGGUUAUCCCUUAACUCUAUGAAGUUGCUAAGACUUCCGUCCAGUUUCAAAGGACUCGAGAAUCUAUUUACGCUAUCCUUGAACACUGACGAAGAUCUAACAUUGGACGGAAUUCCGAGCACUCUCUUUGAACGUUUCAAAGGACUUAAUUGGCUACAGAUUAUUAACGUUAAGCUCACAGCUCUUCCGGACAUAUUCCACUACGUAACAGGAUUGUUUCAGCUCGAAAUAAACUCUGUACCCGUAUCUGAUUUUCCGGGUAACAUGAUGCCAGAGGAUUCCAAUAUCACUAUAGCUAACUUUAACGGCACAUUGUUCAACGAGGUUCCGACUGCUUUCUCCAAAAUGAAGAAGUUAUCUGUAUUGAGUUUGAACUAUAACAAUAUAACAACACUUCGAUCCGCCGACCUUUCUGGACUUUCCGAAUUAGAAUACAUAUCGAUCUCAAACGCCCCACUUGAGAGCGUGUCUCUGGAUGCGUUCAGGACACUGACAUCCCUGUCUUAUAUAGCACUAGAUAACACGGCCUUGACAACCAUUCCACGGGCUGUGGAGGGAGUCAAGUUUGAUUACUUGAGCCUGCUCGGAAACAAGCUGAUCUGUACUUGCCAGUCAAUGGGUUGGAUGAAGAAUUGGCCCGACGCCAGCAGGGUUGGCAUCAACGGUCAGUGUAAUAAUCUCGAUAGCAUGCAGGUUGGUGUUUAUGUCAGACAGAAAGUUCCCGAAUGUCCUUGAAAAUACCUACCAGAAAAGCGCCAAUGGUCGUGCUUUUCAAACAGUUAUGUGGUUUCAAACAAAUUAAAA